AUGCGCGCCACCGGAUCCGGGGACAACGACCACUGCGGCCACCAAGCCUGGAGGCUGGCGGGGACUCGGCCGCCCGCACUUACCGGGAUCCUCCAGGAGGACGCGCACGCGGAGGGGGCCCGAGCGCGGCCCUCCACUCGGGUCCACCGCUUUCUCUGGUCCUCCGCCUCCCUGCUCCGAGGCCCGGUCUCCGGCUCCGGCUGGCGCUCGCCGCCGCUCUCGCCGGCCGGGGCUGGGCUCGGGAGGAGACUGAGCAGCGCGAGCCCCGCGCGCCGCCCUUGGUGCUGCCCGGCCCCCGCCGGCCCCUCCCUCUCGCCUCUGCGCGGGGAGCGUGGCCGCAGCGCGCUCAGCUCCCGCGCCCUCUGCUCCACGCCUUCUGGGUGCAGAAGCUACGCUGGCAGCCGUCUCUUAGGAGAUUUCUCCGCAGUGGGGACGGGGGUCAGGAUUUGCUGGCGAGCAAGGACAGAGAGGAGAAAUCAUACAGGGAGAAAGGAACCAGGUUCCGGUUCAAGAUGGAGACCUAAGAGGAUCCUGAACUCACUUCCUCCCGCAAACGCACCGAAUCUACAGCUACGUGGGGAACAACUUUCUCUGAAAACAAAAAACAAAAAACAAAAAAAUACCCAGAAACAUUGGCUGAGAGACUCCUACUUGUCAGAUAAGCACAGUCUACACUCUCAGCUAAUCCCUUUGCCUUCAGGGCUGGGAGAAGAGAGAGAAAAGAAAAAAAGAAAACAGGAAAAGGAGACGAGAGCUCACAUUCAUGGUUCCAGAAUGCUAGAACUUGGGAGACUCCACAGGAAGCUGCCUUUGUAGUAACUGAUGAGGAAACUGAGACCCAAAGAGCCAAGUCAUCCUUGGGGUCGUAGACUGGGAGAACCAUGCCCUUGGUGAAACUAUUUUCAAAGCUACUAAUGAGCCUCUCCAUAAAUCACCUCUGUCUGGUCUUGACCAAGUUAACGAACUACUCAGAGCCUCGGUUUUCUAACAUGUAAAAGAGGUGAGUGCAGAGAACACGCCUGGGACAGAGUUGGUGCUCCAUGGAUGUUGGUGGGUGAAAUAAACGAACGAAUGAAGGAGGCAACAGCAGGACUUGAACUCAGGUCUCGUGACGCCCA